GCGAGGUGGUGAAACUUUGCACCGUGGGCACGCCGAGCCUUGAAUCCCGCUGAGAUCGCACUACAAUGGCCGAUUCUUCUGCCAAACCCCCUGUCAAGGUCGAAGCCGCGCCGACUGUGAAACAAUCGGGCUCGGGCUGCGCCGCGUGCGGCCUGGACAACAACGCCGACAGUAUCUUGUUAUGCGACGGUAACGAAUGCAAUGCCGAGUACCACACGUAUUGCCUCGUGCCGCCGUUGACGGAAGUCCCCGACGGCGACUUUUUCUGCCCGUCGUGCAGCGGCAACGGCACCACGUACGCCAUUCGCGCUGCGACCAACGACGACGAGAACGACAAUGUUGUGCUCGAGUCCACGUCGUCGUUGGGGGUGUUUCGCCGCUGGUAUGUGAAGAACAAAAACAAGGUCUUCUACAAGCCGUUUGUGGCGCAAGUCGAGUCCAACUCGGGGCGACCGAUCCAGUUGGGACUGUAUCGCACGGAAGAGCUGGCGGCGGAGGCGUACGACUGCUCGAUCUUAAAGUCGCAUGGCGCCACGGACCUCGCGCAGCUGCAGCUCAACUACCCCGGCAAAAUCGACAAGUACAAGGACAUCAUCUUGGCCGCGUACAUCGCGCCGCCCAGCGACUCGGACAACGACGACGCGGCGACUCGUAGUCGGCUCACGCGGCUUCGCAAACCCGCGCGCCACAACAGCUUUGACAAACCACCCAAGCGCCAUCGAUCCCUCAAAUCCGACGACGGCGGCGACGACAGCGCCAAGAAGGCGCGCAAGGCGGCCGUCGACUAUGCCGCCCUGAAUGUCGGCGACAUUCCCACCAAGUACAUUGGCGUCAACGUGCACUCCAACUUUUCCGUGGCGCAGCUCAAGAUCCUCGACAAGGUCAACUUUAUCGGGCGAUUCGAUACGCCCAAGGAAGCCGCGCUCGCGUACGACCGCGAGGCGGUCCGCCACUUCUGCCGCGGCACCCCCCUCAACUUCCCCGAACGCCGCGACGAGUGGACCCAGACGCACGCCAGCCACACACUCAACAAAGUGCUCGUCGUGCCUGAAAACCGAUACAACAAGAACGUGGACAAGCUCACGGCGUGGAUGCGGUUGGUUGGCCAAACGGUCAAGUUGAUUGAAGCAUCGCGACGAGUGCACUGGCCGUCGCUGGACAUGGACGCCAUUGAAAGGGGACCCGUGAUCAACGAAGAGUUUACGACCCGUGACAGAGACCUACGUAACUCGUGCUUGGCCGUGUUUGCGUGCGUCGACAGCAUCAUUCAGGAAUCCAAGUUUUACCAAGAAAAGUCGCCCAAUGGAAUGUUCCUCAACCCGCCGCCGGCCGGAUGCUUCUUGGAACUGGCGGCCGCGCGGGCGUACAUUGCAUACUGCGAAGCGAUCAACGAUUUCUCCAAGUGCGACGUGGACAACGUCGGCACUUUGGCCGCGUCGUUGGCGACGGUGCUGAGUGCCCGGGACGAGUACCUCAAGGCCAAGGCGGGCGAAGAUUCCAUGCUCCAGGAACUGGAUGACUUUAUGGCCACCGCCAUCAAAACGUUCGAGCCGAGCAAAGCGCGUCCCGAAGAUGUGACGUACUUUCCCAACUGCAAGUACAUCAAACGAACGGUUGACGUGGAGCACGCGCCGCCACUCGUCAAGUCGGAAAAAGGUGACGUUGUGGCCGACUCGACGCUCGCGGCCAAAGACGACGAACCGCCACCAGUCGAUGGCUCCGACAUCAUUGCAGAGGAUACAUCGUCGUCGACGCACGCGGCGGACAAACCCAAUGGAAAAACCAACCACGCCACUGCCGCCGCCGCUUCCUUGACGCAUGACGAGUGCUGCUUGGCGGUCGAGCUGGCAGACGGGUCGUACGAGUUGUACCCGUUGCUGACGCUGGAGCGGGUGGUGACGGACGACGGGCACACGCCGCUGCGAUGGACGAGCGACCAAGUGGCGGCGCACGAGGUCACCGAGAUGGACGCGCUCACGUUUGGCGUGGACAUCUCGCCGACGUCCGCCGCCGACAUCGUGCCGUACCUGUGCGUGACGUUUGUACACGAGAUGACCCUUCGCGCGCGCGGCCGGGACCAAGUCGACGUGAAGGCCAAGAAGGCGGACAAGCUGGCGGCGCUACAGGCCAAAGUCAGCGUGUUCAUGGACAACUUCCCCAAGACCAAGGCCGCGUACGACGUCGACACGACUGCCAACAAGCUGGUGCUGGCCAACGCCAAGCGCGACAUUGAGCUCCUGGAAACGGUCGACCUCGUUGCGGUGCCGGCGACGACGGCGGGGCUGUCGACGUGCAUGCUGCACCUCAACACGUACCUCGACACGCUGAACGCGCGACGCGAGCAGUUUGCGGCCGAGUUCAAGUACUACACGGCGGCGCUGCUCCAAGUGAUCGCGUCAGACGGCGUGCUGGCAUCGCUCCAGGCCAGCUACAUGGCCUUCUUCACGCGAGAACUGCACGCGCUGUGGAAGGAAAAGUGUGCGUCGCUCGAGAUUUUGUACCUGCUGCUGCGCUCGAUGGCGAAAGCGGCGGCCGAAGACCCGGACGCCGACGGCAUGCAGGCGCCGAUCCGCCAAGCGAUAGCCGCGUGGGAAGCGUUCACGUGGCCCGAUCUGACGCGCACGACGCCCUUCUUGACAAAGACAGAGACGUCCCCGCUGGCCACGGUGAAGCCCGAGCCCACGAUCGCCGUGGAUGAGCUCAAGGGUGUGAUUGAAACCACUCUGUCGCAUCGAGUGAUUGGAGCGUCGGCCAAGGCUGCGACGUCGAAACCGACCAAACCGCUAACGAUGGUGGUGUAUCAUCCCGUGUGCAUCCACCACGAGACCCCUCCAGAGCACCCGGAAUCCCCCGAACGAUUGAAGCGAGCGAUUGCAGUGCUGAAACCGUUGACGCUCAAGUACCCCCACGCACUGUCCGUGGUGGCUUUGAGUGGCACGGCGUCCGAGCUGGCGCCCCCCGAGACCACGCUGCUGCUGGUGCACUCGCCGCAUUACUUGGACCAGUUGAAGGACCGGUCGACCAAGGUGACCCGAGGCGCGCUUGUGUUUGAGACGGACCCCGGCGACGACAACGACGGCGUCGAAGCGGCCGCGCCCGACACGAUCCGGCCGUUUGCAGCGAUCGGCGGCGCGUUCAAGGUGGCGGCGUCGAUCAAAAAGGACUCGGCCAUGGACACGUACGUGAGCGCGGCGUCGUGGGACGUGGCGCGCAUCGCGGCGGGCACGGUCUGCCUCGCGGUGGACAAGGUUCUGGCUGGCGAGUUUGCCAACGCCGUGUGUCUGGUGCGUCCUCCUGGGCAUCACGUGGGGCGCAACGGACGCACGCCGACGGCGCCGUCGUCUGGGUUUUGCCUGUUGAACAACGUGGUGAUUGGCGCGCUGCACGCCCGCAUGCACCCGAGCGUGACCCGAGUGGCGGUGCUGGACUGGGACAUCCACCACGGCAACGGCACGGAGGAGUUGCUGCGGGGAGACCCGCGGUCGUUCUUUGCGUCGAUUCACUUGUAUCACAACGACUUCUUCCCGGGUACUGGUCCCACUGCGUCGGACGCCAACAUCGUGAACGUUGGGCUGCAGAACGCUGGCCUUGGCUCUGGCUCCGAGGCCUUUCGACACGCGCUGACGACGGCAGUGUUCCCCGCGAUGGAAGCCUUUCAACCCGAUAUCAUUUUCAUUUCCGCGGGUUUUGACGGCCACAAGGACGACAUCUUGGGCGGGUGCGCGGCCGUGUCCAACCGAGCUGUCCCGGCCGGCUACGUCGAAGCGGACUAUGCAUGGGCGACGAAGGAAGUGCUGAAGAUUGCCGAGAGACACUGUCAAGGGCGCGUCGUGUCGGUGCUUGAAGGCGGGUACGAUGUGCGCGACGAAACCAACUCGCUGGCCAAGUCGAUCGAGUCGCAUAUCGAUGCGAUCGUCGAAGGGGUGCUCGAGUCCGCGGCGGCGAAAGCGCCAACGACGACGGCAGACCAACAAGUCAAGACCGAAGUCAAGGUAGAACCCAAAGUUGAAGGUCGACUGGCUCAGUUGCUCAGCCAGAACCUCAACGACGCAUCGGUUGUCAUCGUGGAUCAAGCCAUGGCGUAAUUUGUAAUGCAUGCUGUGUUCUCAAACUAUAUAGUUGCUGAGAAUCACGUGAAG